UUGUGACUUCGACUUCACUCUACGAGUGGAAUCGUCACUGCCCGACCAGCUCCUGCAUUUCGAGGCUACGGGCUGCCCCAGAUGCUCCAGCAGCUCUUCGUCACGGCGGCCCUCGCGGCCCUGGGGCAGUGCGGAUUGACCGUGCUCGAGUCGCUCCCUGCGCAGCCACGCGGGUGGACACGCGUGGGAGAUGCCUCACCCGACCACACCCUGAAGCUGCGCAUCGCGCUGCACCAGCCCAACGAGGCCCUGUUCGAGCGCACUCUGUACGAGAUCUCCGACCCGUUCCACGCCAAGUAUGGCCAGCAUCUCUCGCGCGACGAGCUCUCGGCACUGAUGGCCCCCCGCGCCGAGUCCACCUCAGCCGUGGUCUCGUGGCUGCGCGACGCCGGCAUUGCCAGCUCCAACAUCGAGGAGGAUGGCGAGUGGAUCCACGUUAAGAUGACGGUCCGCGAGGCCUCGGCGCUGCUGGACGCCGACUUUGGCCUCUGGGCCCACGACGGCACCAACGUCAAGCGCGUGCGCGCCCUCAAGUACUCGGUUCCCGACGAGGUGGUCGAGCACGUCAAGAUGGUGGCCCCCAUCGUCCGCUUCGGCCAGAUGCGGCCGCAGAGGAGCCAGAUCUUCGAGGUGGUGGACAGCAAGACGCCCGAGCCGAAGGCCGCCGCGAUCCCGCCGCAGACUCUCAACGCCACCGCUUGCAACGCGACCAUCACGCCCGAGUGUCUCCGUGCCCUGUACAAUGUCGGCUCGUACCAGGCGGAUCCCAGCGAGCACAGCCUGUUCGGCGUGAGCGGCUACCUGGAGGAGUGGGCCAAGUACGACCAGCUCGAGCUGUUCACCCAUACGUACGCCCCGUACGCUGCCGAGAGCAACUUCACUGCCGUCCUCGUCAACGGCGGCGUGAAUAACCAGGGCCCUUCGACGCAGGACGACAUCGAAGCGAACCUGGACAUCCAGUACGCCGUGGCCAUGUCGUACAAGACGCCCAUCAACUACUACAGCACCGGCGGGCGCGGACCAGUGGUGCCGGACCUUACUGAGCCGGAUCCCAACGACUCCUCCAACGAGCCGUACCUCGACUUCUUCGGUUACCUGCUGAAAUUGCCGGACUCGGAACUGCCGCAGACGCUGUCGACGUCGUACGGCGAGGACGAGCAGUCGGUCCCUCGUGCCUUCGCCGAGAAGGUCUGCCAGAUGAUCGGCCAGCUCGGCGCCCGCGGCGUGUCCGUCAUCUUCUCGUCGGGAGACUCGGGUGUCGGCUCCGGCUGCCAGACCAACGACGGCAAAAACACGACCCGCUUCCUACCCAUCUUCCCUGCCGCUUGCCCAUACGUGACCUCCGUCGGCGCUACCCGCUACGUGAACCCCGAGUACGCAGUCAGCUUCUCCUCGGGCGGCUUCUCCGACAUCUUCCCGCGGCCGCUGUACCAGGAGCUCGCCGUAACAAGCUACUUGACGCAGCACCUGGGCAAGCGGUGGGCGGGGCUGUACAACCCGGGCGGGCGCGGCUUCCCGGACGUGGCGGCGCAGGGGGUGCGGUACCACGUGUUCUCGGGCGGCCGGGACGUGCUGGUGUCGGGCACGAGCGCGUCGGCGCCGCUGUUCGCCUCGCUCGUCAGCCUGCUCAACAACGCGCGCCUCGCCCGCGGCCUGCCCCCGCUCGGCUUCCUCAACCCGUGGCUGUACGCGGUCGGCUGGGCCGGCCUGACCGACAUCCAGCACGGCGGCUCGACCGGCUGCACCGCCAACGACAGCUCCUCGGGCGUGCCUACCCCGUACGUGCCGUACGCCAGCUGGAACGCCACGCCCGGGUGGGAUCCCGUCACGGGGCUCGGCACGCCCAACCUCGAGAAGCUGCUCGAUCUGAGCACCCCCGGCUGGAGGCUGCCGCGGAUUGGCGAUUGGAAAUAAAUACAUGGCGAGGGGACAAAUAGAUAUGUAGAUGUAAACACCUAUGCCUUAUCAU